AUGCCUCGCCAGUCUCGCCCUGCCGCUCGCCCCGCCGCCCGUCCUGCUGCGCCCUCCCAGCAGCAGCAGAGGCCUGCCACCACCUACGCCGCCCCGACCGCUCCUCCCCCAGCGGCCGCCGCACCUCCCCCGGCCGCUGCCCCGUCGGCCGGCCCGGGUCUCUUUGGCCAGAUGGCCAGCACAGCUGCUGGUGUCGCAAUCGGUUCUUCGGUCGGCCACGCCAUCGGCGGACUCUUUAGCGGUGGCUCAUCGGCCCCGGCCGAGACGACACAGGCUGCCGCUCCCCAGCAGCAGCAACAGCAGCAGCAGAACAACUGCGCCGGUGCCGCCCAGAACUUCACCAAGUGCAUGGAUGACAACAACGGAAACAUGCAGAUCUGCAACUGGUACUUGGAGCAGCUGAAGGCUUGCCAGGCCGCCUCUACCCAGUACUAA